GCCUGGGAAUGCAGCUGGGCAGUCUCUGCACGUGGAAUCCAUGAGCAGUAACCACCCACCCGGGCUGGGGUGGCUUUCUGCAGACUGUGCUCCACGUUAGUUAUUACCAGGCCACCCUUCAGAGAGCACCGCGCGGCGGGAGGUGGUGAGAUGGCAAUAAAGAAGUUGAAAAAGUUCACCAACUUGGAGCUAAUGCUCAGUGUACUUCUGCUUCUGGUAUUCCUCAUCACCAUUCCUCUAUUUGUAUUAUCAGCUAGAGAUUCUUUGGAAUCAAAAGAUUCUGGGACAGGUGACACCACUGAUUCUGCUAACUGCCCAGUGGUAAAUGAACUGGAACGGAUAAAUUGCAUCCCUGACCAGCCACCAACAAAGGCCACAUGUGACCAGCGCGGCUGCUGCUGGAAUCCUCAGGGAACCAUCAGUGUGCCCUGGUGCUUCUAUUCUGAGAGUCAUGGUUAUCAAAUGGAGAGUGACCUUGUAAACACAAAUACAGGAUUCACAGCCCAGUUGAAAAGGUCGCCUUCUCCAUCCCGGUUUGGAAAUGAUAUCAACAAUGUCGUCCUCACAGCAGAGUACCAGACGGCUAAUCGUUUCCACUUCAAGUUAACUGACCGGAACAAGGACAGGUAUGAAGUGCCUCAUGAACACGUGCAACCCUUCAAAGGAAAUGCUGCUUCUCCCCUGACCUAUGUGGCUGAGGUUUCUAAGCAGCCAUUUGGCAUCAAAGUGAUCAGAAGAAGCAACGGUCAUGUGCUGUUUGACUCAAGCAUUGGGCCCCUCAUCUUGGCUGAGCAGUUCUUGCAGCUCUCCAUCCGACUGCCUAGUGCGAACGUGUACGGUCUGGGAGAACAUGUGCACCAGCAGUACCGGCAUGAUAUGAACUGGAAGACUUGGCCCAUAUUUACCAGGGACACAACCCCCAACGGGGAUGGAACGAACUUGUAUGGCGCUCAGACAUUCUUCCUGUGUCUUGAAGAUACAAGUGGAUUGUCCUUUGGGGUGUUUCUGAUGAACAGCAAUGCCAUGGAGGUUGCCCUCCAGCCCACCCCAGCUGUCACCUACCGCACCACUGGGGGUGUUCUCGACUUCUAUGUGUUCUUAGGAAACACUCCAGAGCAAGUUGUUCAAGAAUAUCUAGAGCUCAUUGGACGGCCAGCCCUGCCCUCGUACUGGGCGCUCGGCUUUCAUCUCAGUCGUUAUGAUUAUGGAUCCCUGGAGAACAUGAGAGGAGUCGUGGAGAGAAAUCGUGCAGCCCAGCUCCCUUACGACGUGCAGCAUGCUGAUAUUGAUUAUAUGGAUGAGAGGAAGGACUUCACUUAUGACCCAGUGCAUUUUAAAGGCUUCCCUGAGUUCGCCAGGGAGCUGCACAAUAACGGACAGAGACUGGUCCUCAUUGUGGAUCCAGCUAUCUCCAAUAACUCUUCCUCAAGUAAGCCCUACGGCCCAUAUGACCGGGGUUCCACUAUGAAGAUAUGGGUGAAUGCUGCAGAUGGAGUGACCCCAGUCACUGGGGAGGUCUGGCCUGGAAGAACUGUGUUUCCUGAUUACACCAACCCCCAGUGUGCUGACUGGUGGGCAAUGGAAUUUGAACUUUUCCAUAAUCAAGUGGACUUUGAUGGAAUCUGGAUUGACAUGAAUGAGGUUGCCAACUUCGUUGAUGGUUCAGUUUCAGGAUGUUCCACAAGCAAUCUAAAUUUUCCCCCGUUCACUCCCAGAGUCUUGGAUGGGUACUUGUUCCGCAAGAGUCUCUGCAUGGAUGCAGUGCAGCACUGGGGAAAGCACUAUGACGUGCACAAUCUGUAUGGCUACUCCAUGGCGAUUGCCACAGCCCAAGCUGUCAAGACUGUGUUCCCUAACAAGAGAAGCUUCAUUGUAACCCGUUCUACCUUUGCGGGAUCUGGCAAGUUUGCAGCCCAUUGGUUAGGAGACAAUGCAGCCACCUGGGACGACCUCCGAUGGUCCAUUCCUGGCAUGCUGGAGUUCAACCUUUUUGGUAUCCCAAUGGUGGGUGCUGACAUAUGUGGCUUUGCACUGGACUCCCCUGAGGAGCUCUGCAGGCGGUGGAUGCAGCUGGGAGCAUUUUAUCCAUAUUCCAGGAAUCACAAUAGCCAAGGCUACAAGGCCCAGGACCCUGCGUCCUUCGGAGCUGACUCUCUGCUGUUGAAUUCCUCCAGGCACUACCUCACCAUCCGCUAUACUCUGUUACCUUACCUCUACACCCUCUUCUACCGUGCUCACAGCCGGGGGGACACGGUGGCCAGGCCCCUUCUGCAUGAGUUCUAUAAUGACAACAGCACAUGGGAUGUGUACCGGCAGUUUUUAUGGGGGCCCGGCCUUCUCAUCACUCCAGUUUUAAAUGAGGGUGCCGAGAGGGUGACGGCUUAUAUACCUGACGCGGUCUGGUAUGAUUAUGAGACGGGCGGCCAAGUGAGAUGGAGGAAGCAGGAAGUGGAGAUGGAACUUCCUGGAGACAAAAUUGGACUUCACCUUCGAGGAGGCUACAUCUUCCCUACCCAACAGCCGGCCACGACCACCGCGGCUAGUCGACAGAACCCUCUCGGUCUUAUCAUUGCCCUGGAUGAUAACAAAGAAGCAAAAGGCGAACUUUUCUGGGAUGACGGGGAAACACAAGAUACUGUGGCCAAUAAAGUUUAUCUCUUAUGUGAGUUUUCUGUCUCCCAAAACCGCUUGGAUGUGAAGAUUUUGCAAUCAACCUACAAAGAUCCCAAUAAUUUAGUAUUUAAAGAGAUUAAAAUCCUUGGUACACAGGAACCCCACAGCAUUACAGUGAAACACAAUGGCGUCCCGAGUCAGAUCUCUCCUAAUGUCAUUUAUGAUCCUAACCUACAGGUUGCCCUUAUCACAGAUAUUAAUCUUGUCCUGGGAGAAGCCUACACGGUGGAGUGGGGUCUGAAGAUAAGGGAUGCAGAAAAAAUAGACUGCUAUCCUGAUGAGGAUGGUGCUUCUGAACAAAACUGCAGAGCCCGUGGCUGUGCCUGGGAGGCGUCCAGUGUUCCUGGAGUCCCUUUUUGUUAUUUCGUCAACGAUCUGUACUCUGUCAGUGAUGUUCAGUAUGACUCGCAUGGGGCCACAGCUGUCAUCACCUCAAAGUCUUCCCUUUAUGCUUUUCCCUCAACACCCGUGAACUCCCUGCAGCUGAAGGUGACCUACCAUAAGAACACCAUGCUGCAGUUUAAGAUUUAUGAUCCAAAUAGCAAUCGGUAUGAAGUCCCAGUCCCUCUCAACACACCCGUGGUUCCAUCCAGCACCUCUGAGAGUCAACUUUAUGAUGUCCUCAUUAAGAGUAAUCCAUUUGGGAUUGAAAUUCGUCGUAAGAGUACAAACACUGUAAUCUGGGACUCUCAGCUCCUUGGCUUCACCUUCAAUGACAUGUUCAUCCGCAUCUCCACUCGCCUUCCCUCCCAGUACAUCUAUGGCUUUGGGGAGACUGAGCACACAGCGUUUCGGAGAGACUUGAACUGGCACACGUGGGGCAUGUUUUCCCGAGACCAGCCACCAGGGUACAAGAAGAACUCCUAUGGCGUCCACCCCUACUACAUGGGCCUGGAGGAGGACGGCAGUGCCCACGGAGUGCUCCUGCUGAACAGCAAUGCCAUGGAUGUGACGUUCCAGCCCCUGCCUGCAUUGACAUACCGUACCAUAGGAGGAAUUCUGGACUUUUAUGUGUUCUUGGGGCCAACUCCAGAGCUUGUCACUCAGCAGUACACAGAGUUGAUUGGUCGGCCAGUGAUGGUUCCUUACUGGGCCUUGGGGUUUCAUCUGUGUCGCUAUGGAUACCAGAACGACUCUGAGAUUGCCAGCUUGUACGAGGAGAUGGUGGCUGCCCAGGUUCCCUAUGAUGUGCAGUACUCAGACAUCGACUACAUGGAGCGGCAGCUGGACUUCACACUCAACCCCAGGUUUGCUGGAUUUCCAGCUCUGAUCACUCGCAUGAAGGCAGACGGGCUGCGGGUCGUCCUCAUUCUGGACCCAGCCAUUUCUGGCAAUGAAACAAAGCCCUAUCCUGCAUUCACUCGGGGUGUGGAGGAUGACGUCUUCAUCAAAGACCCAAAUGGGGGAGGCAUUGUCUGGGGAAAGGUCUGGCCUGAUUUUCCUAAUGUCAUUAUAAAUGCAUCUCUAGACUGGGAAAGUCAAGUGGAGCAAUACCGAGCUUAUGUGGCCUUCCCAGACUUUUUCCGUAAUUCAACUGCCACAUGGUGGAAGAGGGAGUUGAAGGAACUAUACACCAAUCCACGAAAUCCAGAGAAGAGCUUGAAGUUCGAUGGCAUAUGGAUUGAUAUGAAUGAACCAGCGAGCUUUGUGAAUGGGGCAGUUCCUCCAGGCUGCAGGAGUUCCUUUCUGAAUCACCCUCCCUAUAUGCCGCAUUUGGAGUCCAGGGACAGGGGCCUGAGCAGCAAGACCCUGUGCAUGGAGAGUCAGCAGGUCCUGCCAGACGGCUCCCUGGUGCGGCACUACGACGUGCACAACCUGUACGGCUGGUCCCAGACCAGACCCACAUACGAAGCUGUGCAGGAGGUGACAGGCCAGCGAGGGAUCGUCAUCACGCGCUCCACGUUCCCCUCUUCUGGCCGCUGGGCUGGACACUGGCUGGGAGACAAUACGGCCGCCUGGGACCAGCUUAAGAAAUCCGUCAUCGGCAUGAUGGAGUUCAGCCUCUUUGGCAUAUCCUAUACGGGAGCAGAUAUUUGUGGGUUCUUUCAAGAUGCUGAAUAUGAGAUGUGUGCUCGCUGGAUGCAACUGGGGGCCUUUUAUCCCUUCUCAAGGAACCACAACACCAUCGGGACUAGGAGGCAAGACCCCGUGUCCUGGGAUGCUGCCUUUGUGAAUAUCUCCAGGCAUGUCCUGCAGACCAGAUACACCCUGUUGCCGUAUCUCUACACCCUGAUGCACGUGGCCCACACGGAGGGCAGCACUGUCGUGAGGCCUCUUCUCCAUGAGUUUGUGUCGGACCGGGUGACCUGGGAUGUAGACAGUCAGUUCCUGCUGGGCCCAGCCUUCCUGGUCAGCCCUGUCCUGGUGCCUAAUGCCAGAAAUGUCACCGCAUAUUUCCCUAGAGCCCGCUGGUAUGAUUACUACACGGGUGUGGACAUUAAAGCGAGAGGAGAGUGGAAAGCCUUGGCAGCCCCUCUUGACUACAUUAAUCUUCAUGUCCGAGGGGGUUACAUCCUGCCCUGGCAGGAGCCUGCACAGAACACCCACUUAAGCCGUCAGAAAUUCAUAGGCUUCAAGGUGGCCUUGGAUGAUGAGGGGACUGCUGAAGGCUGGCUUUUCUGGGAUGAUGGGCAAAGUAUUGAUACCUACGAAAAAGGAGCCUAUUACCUGGCCAACUUUUCUGCCAGCCAGAAUACAAUGAAGAGUCAUAUAAUUUCCAACAAAUAUAUCACUGAUGAAAACCCUUUGAAACUGGGCUACCUGGAGAUCUGGGGAGUGGGCAGUGUCCCUAUUUCCAGUGUCAGCGUCUCUGCAAACGGCAUGGUUAUAACACCACCCUUCACCUACAGCUCUGCAACACAGGUGUUAAACAUCGAUGUGACCAGUAGAAACAUCAGCCUGCAUAAUUUCAUUUCUUUGACAUGGCGAAGCACUCUGUGAAUGUUUAGAGCAAGAUUCUAACUAAGAACAGCUUUUUAAACUACUUAUACUUCAUGCUCAUAAAAUUGUUGUGUGUUGCUAAUGAGUUCAUGCCCAGGAUGGGUAAAUAUCUUAUUAAUUUUGUCACAUUCUGUCUGUGCCUUAGCACUGUGGUAUGGGCACCAGGGAGGUGUGGAAAAUCUGGGGGUUACCUUAAUGUCUGUAUGUGAUUAGUAUGGUACUGAUGGCUCACCUUAAGACACUUACUGAGGAUGAACUGGGUCCAUGAUGAAGUGCACGUGCGUGUAUAAGGUGCAUAAUCAGGGAAUGGGCCCCACUCUUCCUAGACACAAGAAAACACUUGCAGGGCAGUUCCAGGUCCUGGAUUUAACUAACACCUCAAGAAAGUGACCAGAAAGGACACUUGAUAGUUGGUUUUAGGAGGAGGGGAACAAUGUGCUGAGAGUCUGAUGUAAGAAGGAAAGACAAACACAGAAGACAUAAGUGGGAAAGAUGAGAAGAAACAGAGAAAGGUGAGAAAAGUGAACAUGGCAAGAAGUGAUGUGAGAAUAUCCAGAACAGUGGCCUCACUGGGAGGGGGAAAGAAGGGCCAACUCGCCUGAAAGCAGGAGGAAAGGUCAGGAGCUCCUUAGCAGAUGGGAACCGGGUGACGAUAAAAUUGAAGCAGGCAAAGCUGAAGGGUACUUCAUGCUUUUGAGUGUAAAAGAAGGAGUUUGAAUGUAAAAAAUAUAACUUAUUUUUGCAGUGGUGUGCUUGAAAAUGUGCAAAUCUUAUUUCUCUACUCUGUGCCUACCAUUUAUAACCACAGUUCACACAAAUGCCUGCAACUUAUAUGCCAGAGAAAAAUAAACAAAUUCAUAAGAG